AUGGCCCCCGCUGCAGGAAGAUCGCUGCCGGCGAAGCGGAAUCCGCUGCUCAUCGACGAUGUCCCUCCGUACUCGGAACUCGUGUCGCGCCGCCGUCUCGGCCAGACCAAGCUGACGCCCAAGAUGGUGGGCAGCGAUGAGGCCGAGGCCGGUGCCUUGGGCUUCUUCGACUACGCACAUCUGCGCGCGCCCCUGCCCAAGGGCAUCGUGUCUGGCAUUUUCAAGUCCAGCCCCAACAGCUACUUUUUGAUGCGCCGCAGCUUUGAUGGCUACAUCUCGGCAACGGGCAUGUUCAAGGCCACCUUUCCCUACGCGGCUGCCGCGGAGGAGGAGGCAGAGCGUAAGUUCAUCAAGGCUCAGCCCACCACAAGCCCCGAAGAGACGGCUGGCAACAUCUGGAUCCCCCCGGAAGCCGCCCUGGCCCUCGCCGAAGAGUACAACAUUAGCAUCUGGAUCCAGGCCCUGCUGGAUUCCGCAAAGAUCUCCACCACCCAGCCGGCUGAUGCCUCGCCCAAGACCAUCACUGCGCCGCCCAAGUUCGAUCGUCUCAAGGCGCCCACGCAAUUGAGCCCGGCCACUACUCCGACGACCCGAACUCGCGGCCGUCGUUCGGCCAGCCCAACCAAGACCAGUGCCACCAGACGCACAACUGCGUCACCUCGUCGAAAGCGCAACACCAGAUCCAAGGCCGAGGCUGUCGAGACCACACCGGCCCCGAGCGAGGUCGCGGAAGAGGCGGAGGAGUCCGCUUUGAAGUCAACCGACUUUGAGCCCGCCAUUGCCAAGGCUGAGGUUAGCAGCAAGACAGAUGCCCUCCCAUUCACGGCGGGCCAGCCCCCGAGUCCUGAGCAGAUUGCGGAGAUGAUGGCUACCGCCAAGGCUAUGGUUGAGAAGGACAAGGAAGAGGCCGAGAAGGCAGAGGAGGAAGCCGCUGAAGAGGAGGAAGGGGCUCAGAACAAGCCCACCCCAAAGAGCACGCCAAAGAACAAGCGAAAGGCCACCGACACCGGCGAAGAGGAUGACGAGGCUGCCGAAGGAGACAAGACUGAAGAGGCGCCGCGCUCAAAGAAGAUCAAGACCGAAGUCGAAGUCCGCAAGGGCAGGAUACAGAAGAGGGCAUUGUUUGGCAUUGGCGCGACAGUUGCAGUUGGAGCACUUGUGCCGUGGCUUGCAAACUUCCUAUAA